AUGAAGCUCAUUUUCGCGGCUAUUCUGCCGACUUUUACAGCCGCAGCAUUAGCUCCACCUUCUGUCACAGUCGAUGCUGGCACCCUUCAGGGUGGACAGUGCGAAAAUACCCAAAAUGCAGUCUUCUACAAGGCAAUUCCCUAUGCAGAACCUCCAAUUGGAGAGCUACGCUUCGAGCCUCCAAAGGCUUACAAUAAACAAUACCCUAAUGGAAAACUCGAUGCAACUACUGCACCUGCCUCCUGCAUUCAGUUUGGAGCCGAGUUUGACGCUACAGGAACUAUACUUGAAGACUGUCUUUACCUAGAUGUUUGGACCCCAUCUAAUGCCACCAAAGAUUCGAAUCUUCCUGUCAAAGUUUGGAUAUACGGUGGAUCAGACACGUCUGGCGGAAUCUCGAAAGGCCUAUUCGAUGGGUGCAACACUGCAGCGGAAGGUUCCAUUUUGGUAUCAAUAAACUACAGAAUUGGACCUCUAGGUUUCAUGGCACUCAACAGUGCCGGGAUAUACGGUAACCAGGGAAUUCAAGAUCUUCUUCUCGGAUUGGAGUGGGUCCAAAGCAACAUCGCUGCUUUUGGCGGUGACCCGAAAAAGGUACUUCUGUUCGGUCAGUCCGCCGGUGCCGAGGACGCAUUUAUUAUUGCCUCUCUUCCCCAGGCACCGUCUUUCCUCAACAGUGUCAUCAUGGAAUCGGGUGCCGGAAAAAAGCUCCUAUACAAUUCGACAAUUCAAAGUGUUGGUAAAUCAUAUGCUCAAACACUUAACUGCAGUCCCGAUGAUAAAGCCUGUCUUCAGUCCAAGACUGUUGCUGACUUGAAGAAGGCGUUCAAUAGUGAUGUCUUCCUGCAGGAGGGAAUUGGAGCAGGCGGACCACUCGCUAUCACCACCUCGGGGACACAUGCUUUCUAUCCCUAUGUGGAUGGAGAUGUCAUCCCCGAGGAACCAUUGAGUCGCGGGGUUCAAGUGCCGGCCGUUUUUGGAUCCAACAAAAACGAGGGUGUCAUAUACGUCACCGCCAAGGUCGGAAAUCUGUCGAAUGGCGACAGUUUAACGCCGGCUCUAUACAAGAACUUCCUCCGCGAUAACUUUGGUAUCGCCGCCGCACUUAUUGAGAAAUACUACCCUCUCUCUAUGUUCGAAGCUCUCGCCGGCGGUAAUAUUCACUAUGGUGUGUUCUACGCCAUAGCACAGGUCAUAACCGACUCCGACUACAAGUGUGUGGCCUACGAGGGUUUGGUGUCAGCCGCACGCAACAAUAUUCCCGUUUGGACAUAUCAAUAUACUCACAAUAACACAUGCCCAUGGCUGGGCACCCUGAAACAGCUCCAGGGUCAUCCGGAGGAGAUGGCGCUAGUUGGUGCCACUCAUACCUCCGAAAUCCCGUUUGUCUUCGGUAACAUGAACAACCAACCUCUUCCCGGCGGGACUUGCAAUGCCACAGAAGCCGAGGACCAACUCAGCAAGCAGAUGAUGAGCUUGUGGACAGCGAUGGCAGAAAAUGCCGAUCCGUCGACAGAUGCCAUCCAAUGGCCACAAUUCACUCUAGAAAAGAAUGUGUCGAGUCCCGGAUUGAUCUUCGCAGAUUCAACCCUGUCUGGCCAAGUCGACUACAAGAGUUGUUUACUGUGGAACAAAGUUUAUAACCUUAUUGAAUCAGGGAAUGGUACGGCCACGCCGAUUCGUGGCAGUGGAAAGCCAACGGCUUCGCCGUCUGCUACUUACCAGACUAGCGGUGCAGCAACCACUGGGUGUGUAAUCUGGGGUGUCCUUACCUUGGAUGUGAUAUUGUCAAUUGUAUUUGCAUAG